ACAGCGACGCACACGUGAGUGCGGUGCGGUGGAGAGAUGGCUGCGGAGAGGCUUCAGUUUCAUGAAAUGGGCUUAGACGACCGCGUUUUAAAGGCGGUUGCGGAUCUGGGUUGGUCUCAGCCGACUCUGAUCCAAGAGAAGGCCAUUCCUUUGGCUCUGGAGGGGAAAGACCUUCUGGCUCGAGCCCGGACUGGAUCUGGAAAGACCGCAGCUUACGCUGUGCCUGUCAUACAGAGGGUCCUGGCCUCUAAACAGAGCGUUCGUGAGCAGGAUGUGAGGGCUCUGAUCCUGGUUCCAACCAAAGAGCUUGGUCAGCAGGUUCAGACCAUGAUGAGACAGUUAACGGCAUACUGCUCGAGGGACGUCCGCGUGGCCGACAUCUGCGGGAAGGCCGACCUGUCAGCGCAGAGACCUAUCUUAAUGGAGAAGCCUGACGUGGUCGUGGGGACGCCAUCCCGUGUGCUGGCCCACCUCAAGGCCCAGAACCUGGUCCUGCAGUCAUCCCUCGAGACGCUGGUGGUAGACGAGGCCGACUUGCUCUUCUCUUUCGGGUUUGAGGCAGACCUGAAAAACCUGCUGUGUUAUUUGCCGAAGAUCUACCAGUCAUUCCUGAUGUCAGCUACUCUCACCGAGGACGUUCAGGCCUUAAAGGAGCUGCUGCUGCACAACCCUGUGAUCCUGAAGCUUCAGGGCUCUCAGCUCCCGGACAGCAGCCAGCUGCAGCAGUACAGCAUCAAAUGUGAGGAGGAGGACAAGUUCCUGCUCAUCUACACGCUGCUGAAGCUGCGACUGGUUCAGGGAAAGACGCUGGUGUUUGUAGGAACAGUGGACAGAUGCUACAGACUUAAACUGUUCCUGGAACAGUUUGCCAUUCCUGCCUGCGUGCUCAACUCCGAGCUGCCCGUUCAGUCCAGGUGUCACAUCAUCACCCAGUUUAAUCAGGGGUUUUACGACUACAUCAUCGCCACAGACGAACAGAGCUUAGCUGAUCCCACUGCAGCCGCACAGACCGCUUCAGGCAAAGGGAAGAAGAAGAAGGCGGCGGAGAAAGGAGGAAAGGCAAAGGACAAAGAGUACGGAGUCUCCAGAGGGGUGGAUUUCCAAAACGUGGCCAACGUCAUCAACUUUGAUUUCCCUGCAUCGGUGGAGUCGUACAUUCAUCGAGUUGGAAGGACGGCGAGAGCAGACAACCCAGGCACCGGUCUGUCCUUCAUCUCCCACACCGAGCUGGAUUUGCUGAGGGAUGUGGAGGAGGCUCUCACAGGAGAUAACGCUGAAUCUGUUCUGAAACCUUACGAGUUUAAGAUGGAAGAGAUUGAAGGCUUCAGGUACAGGUGCAGGGACGCCAUGCGUUCAGUGACGAAGCAGGCGGUGAGGGAGGCCAGGCUGAAAGAGAUCAAACAGGAGCUGCUCAAUUCAGAAAAACUCAAGACGUAUUUCGAGGAUAAUCCCAGAGAUCUGCAGCUGCUCCGACAUGACAAAGACCUGCAUCCUGCUGUCGUCAAGCCCCACAUGAAGAACAUACCUGAGUACCUGGUUCCUGAGACUCUGAGGGGCGUGGUGAAUCCACUGUCCAACAGGAGGAGGAGGAAGAGGAAGGAAAAGUCAAAGCCAGAAGGAGUCGUCAAGACCGGUUUCAAGAAGAGCAUCCGGGGGAAGAACCCGCUGAAGAGUUUCAGAUACACCGGAGGGAGAAGCCGAAAAGGCAAAGCAGGCCAAUCGUAGCUGCAGCUGCAGGACACGUGAGCGUGAAUCAGACCUGGAUGUUAGAACUGUGCAGAGACACUGACCAGGAGGACAUUUGGUCUCCGUGUUGGCCCAGGUGAGACAAAUAUAAACGGUUUGGACUCGAUACGGGCCACGGACAAAAUGGACUCACACUGACUUGUGUGGACAGAAGAAAAUACGAGGAAUAUCAGAACCUGGAUUUUAUCAAGUCCAAACAUGAUGUUUCAUAUGUAGGCAGAGAUCAGGAGAGGAGGCAGGAUCCAUGUUAUCUCACCUCUAAUGCAUCAACAAUGAAAAAUGUUUAUUAAAAUAAAGGAUUUGGAUCACUGAUCUCUGAAUCUCAUCAGUCAUCCGUCUAUUUCCAGCUCCUCUGUGGACGAUUUGAACUUUUCUACCUUUGACAACGGAAAAAAUGCUUUUAUUUAAAAAAAAAACAAAAAACAUCAGACGUGCAACAAUAUUUUAGAAAACACCUUC